GGUGUCCGCGGCGGCGGUGCCUGCGGCUGUGGCGGCACGCUCCCGAGCGGCGUCCGCGGCGCUCCCGGUAGCCAUGUACCGCAGUGGCUCCCGCUCCUCCGUCUCUUCGCACCGGUCGAAAGACGGCAGCGCGAGCGGCCCUCCGCCGGGCCGUCCCGUGGGCGCCUCCUCAGGCCCCACACGCCGCCCCUCGUCGCCGCCGCCGCCCUCUUGCUCCUCGCUGCGGCUCCCCGCCCGCCGCCACCGCUCGCCCUCAGGCCACCGCGGCCGCUGGGCCUCGCCGUCCCCGCCUCGGGGUCGUCGCGGCUCCCCGUCCCCGCCCCGCGGCCGCCGGGCCUCACCGUCUCCGACCCGCGGCCGCCGGGCCUCGCCAUCCCCUCCGCGGGGUCGUCGUGGCUCCCCGUCCCCGCCGCGCGCCCGUCGCGGCUCCCCGUCGCCACCGCGGAGCCGGCGACACUACCCACCUGGCCUGGGUGGCUUCCGAGGCAGCAUUCGAGGCGAGUCCCGCGCCGACUUCGCCCGGGACGGCCGCGGAGACCAUCCAGGCGGCGGCGGCGGCAGUCGGAGACGUUCUCCUGGUCUGUGUUCUGAUUCUUCUUUGGAGGAGAGUUUAAGGAUCACAGUUGGCAAUGACCACUUCUGUGUUAGCACACCAGAGCGGCGGCGGCUCAGUGACCGGCUGGGAUCUCCAGUGGAUGGUCUGCAGGACAUGGACAGGGAUGACCUGACUGAUGAUUCUGUCUUCACUCGAAGCUCCCAGUGUUCUCGGGGUCUUGAACGAUACAUUUCUCGGGAGGAGGGACCACUUAGUCCCUUCUUGGGACAACUUGAUGAGGACUACCGAACAAGAGAAACUUUUCUGCAUCGACCUGAGUUUAGUCCCCAGAGCAGUUGUCAUGAUGAAUUGUUGAGGGGAACAGAGCGGAAUAGAGACAAACUUAAAAGCUCCUCCUAUUCCAUACGAUCUGAGGAAAGAAGCCGGGAGGCCAAAAGGCCCCGUUAUGAUGACACAGAGAAGGUACACAGCUCAGGAGGGGAUCACUCAAGUUUUACAUCUGGGACUCGAAACUAUCGGCAGCGAAGAAGCAGCCCAAGCCCUAGGUUUCUAGAUCCCGAGUUUCGAGAACUGGACCUUGCCAGGCGAAAGCGAGAGGAAGAAGAGGAACAAAGUAGGAGCUUGAGUCAAGAGCUGGUGGGUGUUGGUGAUGAUCAGAUUGGCUGUUCCAUCCCUGGCUUGGCAGGAGUCCUAACCACAUCAGAGCCUGGAUAUUCUUUGCAGCGGCCUGAGGAAGUACCUAUGAUGCCCAAGAAGUCCAUUCUGAAGAAACGAAUUGAAGCGGACAUGAAGCCUUCCUUGCAGCUUGAGAGCUUUUCUAGCGGUGCCAGCUCUGGUGAAGAUCACCCUCUUUAUUCUGAACAUUCACCUCUUCCUCUAAGUGGUGCUAUUGCUGCUUUUACUUCAGAGAUUGAAAACAAGGGGACUACAGUGGAGGCUGACCUGAAAGAGCCUCAGAGUAACCUAUACCAGUGGGGCCCCCUCCGUGAGAUACCUAAAGACAACAGUGAAAAAUUUGACAGUUUUCUAGGCUUUAAGGAAAAAUUGGAUUUGAAGGCUGAGGGACUUGAGCAACAGACAGAUUUCUUACUGCCCCAUGAGAGAGCUAGCCAGGACGGCAGUGGCUUUUCUCGAAUUCUGAGCAUGUUGGCUGAUCCUACCAUUACACAGGAAAAAAGAAGACGUAGCUUCCCUGAUAUUGAGGAUGAGGAGAAAUUUCUCUAUGGGGAUGAAGAAGAGGAUAUAAAAUCAGAAUCUCCACUUAAGUCCCUGGAGGACCCCGAGAGUGCAGGUACGAGACAGAAGGCAAACUCUCUGCCCUCAACUCCAGCUGUAAAGCUAGAAUCACUAGAAGAAAGCAAUCCAGAAUAUGCCAAGAUUCACAACUUGCUUAAGACCAUAGGGCUGGAUAUUGGAGUAGCAGAAAUUGGUAAAUUGGCUGCACGAACCCAGGAGAGACUUCAUGGCAAGAAGCCAUCAUCACGCCCCUCAGCUGACCGACGUUUGUCAGCUGACCGACACUUGUCUGGUGACCGACACUUUUCAGCUGACCGCUGUUCCUCAGUUGAGCACAGUUUCACAGCUGAUUGGCGCUCAUCAGACCCUCACAGACCGGAGAGUAGGGAGACACAUCAUAGCAAUACUCAGUCCCCAGAAGUAUCUCAUCCACACCCAGCUUCCCCGGUGGAUCCUUACUUGCGCACCAAAAAUAGCCCUCCAUUCCUAAAGUCUGACCAUCCAGUGUGCCAUGUUUCAGGACCAGAGGUAGUUGGCAGUGGGUUUCAAUCAUCUGUUGCUGUUCGGUGCAUGUUGCCAUCAGCCCCAUCUACCCCAAUUAGACUUCCUCACUCUGCUGCGUUGUCUCAGUUUCAUAUACCAGGGGCCUCUCAGUUUGCUGCAGCUCGGAUACCUCCAAAUUAUCAGGGAUCUGUCAUUCCCUCUGCCUCCUUUGAUGCAUAUAGGCACUACAUGGCAUAUGCAGCCUCAAGGUGGCCUAUGUAUCCUGCCUCUCAACCACCAAGCCACCCUUUAUCUGACCCUCAUAGGCUAUUACCAGUAACCAAACAAGCUGCUCGUAGUCGUCCCAAUCUCCGGGUGAUCCCUACUGUGACUCCUGCAAAGCCCAAACAAGAAAUACCAGUACUAGGCUCAAUUUCUGUAAAGCGAAUUCCUGUUCGGGUGUCCAUUCCAUCACUCAUAAAAUAUAAUCCAAAGAAGAUCUCUGAUGAGAAGAACCGUGCCUCCCAGAAGCAGAAGGUUAUUGAAGAGAGAGAAAAACUGAAAACUGAACAGGAAGCCCGGCAAAAGAAAAUGUUUUAUCUCACGACUGAGUUGGAGCGGCUCCAUAAACAGCAAGGGGAGAUGUUGCGUAAGAAGCGAAGGGAGAAGGAUGGUCACAAAGAUCCACUUCUGAUGGAGGUGAGUCGACUUCAGGAUAGUAUUAUGAAGGACAUUGCCGAGCUACAUAAAGAGACAGAAGAAGCAGAAAAGAAGCAGUCUGAACUGGACAAAGUGGCUCAGAUCUUGGGAAUUGAUAUCUUUGAUAAAUCCCUGAAAUCUUCAAAUGACAGUAAAGAGUCUACAGAGAAGCCUGAAAAAGAAAAAUCUAAGAGCCCAGAAAAAGAGUUGUCACCCUCAAACUCUUCCUCUAGCAACAAGGAAUCAAAAAUGAAUGAAAAGUCCUGUAUUAAGAGCCCUAGUUCUACUGAAAGCCUCCAACCAACUGUUAAGCAGUCUGACCAGCCUGUUGCUGCUUAUGAGUAUUAUGAUGCUGGCAGUCACUGGUGCAAAGACUGCAAUACCACCUGUGGGACCAUGUUUGACUUCUUCACCCAUAUGCACAAUAAGAAGCACACACAGACACUGGAUCCCUACAACAGACCUUGGGCUUCAAAGACCCAGAGUGAGGCUAAGCAAGACACUGUAAAGCGAACUGACAAGAUAACUGUUCCUGCAAAAGGCUCUGAGUUUCUGAUUCCUGUCACUGGGUUUUACUGCCAACUCUGUGAGGAAUUUUUGGGGGAUCCAAUUUCUGGAGAGCAGCAUGUCAAGGGUCACCAGCACAACGAAAACUACAAGAAAUAUGUGGAAGAAAACCCAUUGUAUGAAGAACGAAGAAAUCUGGACCGCCAAGCUGGCUUGGCUGUCGUUCUAGAGACAGAGCGGCGACGGCAAAAUGAGCUAAAACGCAAACUUAAUGAGAAACCAAAGGAGGAGAAGAUAGAAAAAAAGGCAAGAAUUGUGAGAGAAGUAAAGGAAGAUGACAAAGCCCCUGGAGAACUAGAGGAGCAGCUCUCGGAGGAUGGGAGUGCCCCUGAGAAAGGUGAGGUGAAGGGGAACGCUAGCCUCAGACCCCAGGUGAAAGAAGAGGUAAAGAAGGAGCCAUCAGUAGCAUCAAUAGCAGCUUCUUUUGGAAAGUUCAGUUGGAAGAAGCCAGAAAAAGAAGAAGAAAAAGGUUCAGUGGUGACCCCAGGGGCCCCAAAGGAAGACACGGUGGAAACCAGUAAGGACAGAGAUGACGGCAAAGCUGAAGUUGGAAAGGCAAAGCCCAUCAAAAUCAAGCUUUCUGGAAAAACUGUCAUUGCACACACCAGUCCCUGGACACCUGUCGUUACGACUUCAACACAGACUAAGAUCCGACCCAACUUGCCUAUCCCAUCCACAGUACUCCGCAAGUCAGGUUCAGCCACAGUGAGCAAGCCUGCUCCUCUUAAUACCUUUCUGUCUAUCAAGUCCUCUGGAACAUCCACCAAGCCUCUGCCAGUGGUUAAAGAGUCAUCAUCAGAUCUUCUCUUGCCUCCAGAUAUCAUCUCCAAAGCUUUUGGAGGAGAAGAGGUGGUUCUAAAAGGGUCUCCAGAGGAAAAAGUGGAACUGGCUGAAAAGAAUGAGCCAUCCCAAGUACCUGAGCAAAUGCUGGCUCUACUUCCACCGCCACCACCUCCACCUCCACCCCCACCUCCACCUCCACCCCCUCCACCACCCCAGGCUGUACCUCAGCUAUCUGCCCCAUCCCCUGCUCAAGCAAAUGUUGUCUUAACUCCAGUUAAAUCUAAUUCGGUGAUAUCUCAGACUUUCAGUCUUGGGUUCCAAGGUCCUAACAUUUUGAACCCAGGGUUGCCUGUGGCCUUCAUGGCCUCAGAACAACCAACUGUAAUUCCUUCUGAUGAGACAGCUCCUGGGGUGAGUGAGAGUGACUGGGACCAGACCCUAAUCUCUAUGUUAGUACGGCCUCCACCACCCCUUUCCAGUGUAUUCAGUGAACAGGCCAAAAAAUUAGAAAAGCGAAAUUCGUGCUUAGCCACAGCCAAUGCUAAGGACCUGUAUGAUAUAUUCUACAGUAGUGGUGGAAAGGGGGCCCAUGAGACUAAGCUGAGUAGUAGUACAUUAGCCAAUGGGGAAAGCAGUAGCCUUCCUAGAACAGAAAGUUCAGAUUUCUCCUCCACUUGUACUUUGAACAGUAGUAUGUCCUCAGAGGACCUGCCUCAAUGUAGUGCUUUGGUCACUGCUACUGAAAUCAGUAAUCUUGAAAAUCCUAUUUCAAAAGGUAUGGAGUCCACAGGGAAAUGGUCUGUUGUAGAUCAGAUAGAUCCCAAAAGCAGAGACAGCACCUAUAGCUUCCUACAGCCUCUGACAAGAUUAUACCAAAAUAAGCCUUAUGAAAUAGUUUCCCCAAAGACAGACACUUUGGUCAUGUGGACUUCUGGUUCUUCCCAGAAUGACACUCAUAAAGAUAGACCUCCAGAGGGGAAAAUCAGAUUUGACCUGGGAGAGCCAGGGCCACCUGGUACAGAUUCAACUUCUCAUCUAUCAGAUACACACUGUCAAACCAACGGACCUCAGAAGUUGAUAGAAAUUAACCUCAUAGAUAACCAAAACAAGAACCAAGAGGUAUACCAGUCAGAGGGUUGCAGAGAAAGUGAAAUGAAGAGAAAGACUGAAUUAAAAGGAAAGGUAGCAACUGAAGAAGAAGAAGAAGAAGAAGAAGAAGGUGCCAACAGCAUAGAAGAUUCUAAUUCAAACCAUGGCAACAGAAAUACAUGGGAAGGAGAAAUAGGACAACCCAAGUUGUCAACAGUUGACAAAAAGGGAGAACAGUCUAGCAAAUUGAUGACCGGACAUGAGAAUACAAGUAAAGUAGUAAUUGAAUUGAGUCCGUCUCUCCCUUCCAAAAGGACAAAAAUAGAUUUAUUUCCGUCAUUGCUCCAGAAUCCAAAAAGCAUGCCUGAACUACUUCUGCUGUCUCCAGCUGGAUCAGGUUUGUGUUUAAAGAGACAAGAGAUUUGGGAGAGGCCAGAAAAACCAGGAUUGGAAGAUGUGGAGCUACAAGGUACCCGUCCAGAACUAACUGUGACAAUAGAAAGCAAAGUUUUGGAAAACUUUGACACUACACACUUAGAGGUAGAGGGGUUUGCAUCUCUGAGGAAUCUGGGGGAUAUGCAUGCCAAUUUCCACAAUAGUCAGACAGAACAGACACGGAGGUCACCAACUGCCCUGUCAGAGAAAAUGUCUGAAGAAAUUUCUGUGUCAUCUGUCAUGUGUAAUCCUUCCAGUUCCAGUGACAUUGAACCAGUACCAUCUUUUUCUGGAUUUCCAUUAGAAUCUCCCAAAACUUUGGUGCUUAACUUUGAAACAGAGGGUGCACAUAGCUCAUCUAAUUCCAGAAAUGGGAGAAUCACCUCUAACUCUUUGGAAACUGGACACCCUGUGGAAAAUGUUGGCCACGACUUAGGAGGUGAGAGAACACACCAGGCCCUUGACCUCUUAGCUGGAGGAAUGUUGUCUGAGGACGUAAAAGAAACUUCGCCACUACAGAAAGAUUUACUCAGAAUGGAAUCCACCACAGUCAGUCCUUCAGGCCUUGGACCAUCUCCUUGCCUUCCAGACCUUGUUGAUUUUGUCACACGGACACCUGGAGUUCCAAAACAAAAACCAUGUUCUCCACUUUCUGAGCCAGAUGCCUUUCUCAAGUGUAGUUCACUGGAGAUGGGAUCACCACCUCCAGAAAUUCUGAGUGUGUCUGUCUCAGAGGUAGCAGUUCCUCAAGUAAGUGAAGACAAUGACAGUGCUUUGAAUUUGGUAAAAACUCCACCCUCAGGCUCCCCCUCAAGGGAUCAGGUAGUUGGAGGCAAUGUGAGCCCUCGGGAAAUGCCUGAACAAGAAGCUGCAGUUGAUGUCAUCCCAGACCACACAAGGUCCAAUGUUUAUAACAGUCAGGACUACUUAAAUGGAUGAAUCAUUAGAUUUUGGAAAAUGGAUCCCAAGACUAGUUGGCAAUCUCAUCUGGAACCGGCACAGUAAAUGUUCUUUGGAGUUUUAAAAAAAAAAAAAAAAGCCUUCUCUUCCCUCUUUCCCUUAAAAAUACUAGACAAAAUAAGUUUUAACAACUUCUCUACAUAUCUGUAAAGAAAAGUAUUUUCUGUUAAUUUUUUUAAUUUUUGGCCAAAUUAUUUUCUCUUUGUCAUUAAAGUCAAAUGUCUAUCUGGCUCACCACAAAGUGUUCUUUGAUUUUGGCUUUGAGGCUGCCAUUUCUGGAAUAAGGGGGGAUGGGAAACAGCUGACUUCAAUUACCGUGCUGUAUAUUACCGUGCUGUAUACCUAUCUACUUUUCUGGGCAGCUGAUGGAGCUCUGGAAGAAACACCAAAGCCUGCUGGAAAGGAAAGCGUUUGAAGAAAGAAUUGUCCUCCUGUAGGUUCCAUUCCUUCGGAUGGGCCUACCUUACCAUUGUUAGGACAGCGUGAGUAGACCUGCUUGCUCUUCUCACUUUCCUCAUUGGCUUAUUAAUUAGCUCCUUACUUUGUUGCCUUUGCUUCAAAUGGUUUGAGUCACCAACAGACUUGUUUGGGAGUGGCCUCAGUAAAUGACAGAAAAACUGACAGGCUCAGUUUUGGAAGACAGCAAACUGGUAAGGUUCAUUCCUGGCUCGGUGCCAGGAACAUUUGUGUUUUGGAGCUCACUUUUAGUUUUGAAACGGCCUUUGCUCGUUAUAUUGUGAUCCAGUACAUUUUAUGUUAAAUUGUUUAUCAGCCAUUUCUGUUGUGAACUGUAGAAGAUCUUAAAUUGGGAUUGGACUCACUCUCUGUUCCACAAACAUAGAUGUAACCCUCUACCUCUCCUUACCCAACUUAUUACCACCAUACUGUGAUGUUUUGGGUUGUACAUUUUGUUUAAUAAAAGAUUAAAGAAUUUAUGAAGUUGGCUUGGACAAGUUUAAAUCCAUUUUUAAUGUGUUAAAUUUUUUUUGGAAUAAAUGUAUUCAUCUUCUACUUCUUCCUGUAUGUUUGUCUUGACACCACACAAAUUGGAACUUCAAAAGAAACUAGAAUAGUGAAUGGCUGCCCUGUCCACUGCAGCCUACAACUGUCCUUCUCCAGAGCCACUUCCUUCUCAUCAGGAUCAGAGAUUGUACAGUCUCCCCUGUGCUGCCAGAGUGUAGAGGGAAGGUGGCUCCCCCAGGCACUUCUGGAAGUGGAGCUCUGAAUGGGCAUUCAGGUGCUGGGUGGGAUGCACUUGGGAGUCAGGGAGCCCAUGCCUCGGGGUUCAAAACUGUUGCAGUUUCCUCAUGCUGUUCCUUUGUCAGACUGUGUAACCUGCUUCAACAGAGACUUGAGCAGAGCCAGCCUCCGCCUGCUCCUCAGCAUUCCUUCAAUUCCUUUCUGCAGGGUUCCUGUCCCAUUGCCUUAUCUACAGAACCCCUAGUUUGAGUUUGGUGAGAAUAUUUUGUUUUUUAGACUCUUAAUUCCAACUUACAAGUUCUGACCUCUGUUGUGAAAAGGCAUGGAUGUGAGAGUCCUUGACUACGUCCCCGCCAUUUGCUUUGCCUUGUUUUUGAUGAGUUUCUUUACAUCAUUGUGUUCUAGUUGGCAUUUGUCUUUAUUCCUUUAAAGGUGAGGGUUAUUACUUCAUCUCAGAAUCAAAUAUGUACAGAAUCCGAGUAACCUUGGUAGGAGUGGGAGAGAGUAUGAGAAUGCAUGCACAUGGAUGUCAGAAGACAGCUUUGAGGAGUUGAUUCUGGGGGCUGGACGUGGGCCAUCAGUGGAAGCACGUCUACAUACUGUUCCUCGGGUCUUAAGCUAAAGUUUGAGUUGAGUGUUCUCUUGGCCUGGAAACCAUAGAGUGACUCAAAAAAUUGCUCUUAGAAAAGCUUAAACUCAGUGGAUUUUAAAAGAUCACUUCUUCAGAAAACUGCUCCUUUCUUGUUAUAGGAGGUUAUCUAUGGGAAUUUAAGGAAAAAUAAAUUUAAAUGCCAGUUUGUACUGACUUUCAGGCCUCAGUUCCGCUUCUCUCUUGGGGAGAGAAAUUAAUCAUACCUAGAUUUAACUUCACUCCCUAGGUUGGGGGGGCAGGUACUUGGAAGGAGUAGAAAGGACAAGGCAAUAAAUACCUAAGGAGGGCAGACCUACCAUAGGCAGCCAGAGCCAAAACUCCACAGAGGACGGUGAGCCUUAACUUUCCCUUAUAACUGCAGAAUGGCUUCGGGGCUUAUUCUAAAGUUGUCUGUAAAUCUAGGGUUUCCUCUGGAAUAGUCCCUGGAAGGAAUGGCAUUCUUCAACUCUACCCUGAACCCACAGAGGGAACAGAUUUUAGGACACUAGUUUGCAGGAAGUGCUGCCAUCGCCCUUUGAUAAACUGCAUCUAGCUUUGGAGCCUGUCCAGAGAAGCCAUGUGAAAGUGCAGAACUCUAGUCCAGUAGCAGGUACUUAGACAUUUUAAAGGUUUAUCUUAUGGAACUAAAAGUUUGGUCAUGGGGCUGGAGAGAUGGCUCAGCAGUUAAGAGCACUGACUGCUCUUCCAGAGGUCUCAAGUUCAAUACCCAGUACCCGCAUGGUGACUCACUGCCAUCUGCAAUGGGAUCUGAUGCCCUCUUCUGGUGUGUUUGUAGACAGCUACAGUGUACUCAUAUAAAUAAAAUAAAUCUUUUAAAAAAGAUUUUAAAACAGUUUGACCUUGGAGGUGAGGAAUGGGCUCUGGUCUUUUACACAGGCUUUGUUGCAAUAUCAUUAUGUUUAAGUCCAGAACAAUUUUUUUCUUAAUUUAUGUUCAUUGGUGUUUUGCCUGCAUGUAUGUCUGUGUGACCGUGUCAGAAGCCCCAGACCUGGGAUUACAGACAGGUAUGAGCUGCCAUGUGGGUGCUGGAGAUUGAACCCAGAUACUCUGGAAUAGCAGCUAGUGUUCUUAACUGCUGAGCUUUCUCUUUAGUUCCCCCCUUCCUUCUAAAUUUUUACUCGACAACUUCAGCAGUAAGAAAUUAACAGUAGUGUUUAAAUAUGGACAAAUGCCUACUUUCACCCAGUUCUUUCAGUUAUUCCCUGAAAGGCCCCUGUGCUUUGUGAAUGCUUUUUUUCUGCUGUAUAUAGCAUCUUUUCCCUAUUUAUAACUGGUCUCACAGAGCCUGUAAUACUCUAGUGCUCUUUCUGCUAAUACUACUGAGCAAUACAGUAAAGUAGUCUUCACCUAUUUCAUCUCUCAAAACUGAGAAAGCAAAAAAAGGGUUUUGCAUACAAAAAUAUGUCUUGUCCGAUUGUCAGCUUCUGGGACUGAAGAAAAUGGACAUGCAAGAUAUAAUUACAGUGGCGGGAGGGUAAGUAGAAGGAUGCUCGGGAGCGUGUGAAGCUGUUAAGGAGGGGUGGUUUCAUUUUCACGUAUUUCAAAGAACUGGGUCUCCUCACUGAGGCUUAUGUACUAGAUCCAGUAAGAAUCCAAGUCCUCACUUGUUGACAGUUUAGAUGAAAAUAUAUAAAUAUAGAGUAUAUCUGACUUUUUUUAGAAUUUGCAUUUUUAUGCAUUUGUAUAAUUAGUGACUGUUUAAUCCACUGUAGCACGAAUAUCUAGGUGGUUCUUUCUUUCUUUCUUUCUUUCUUUCUUUCUUUCUUUCUUUCUUUCUAAGAUGAUAGUUAAAACAUUCCCUUUUCUCACUCCAAACCCUCCUAUAUAUCCUUCCUCGCUCUGUUUCAAAUUCAGGACCCACUUUUUCAUUCAUUGUUAUUACAUGCAUAUAUAUGUACAUAUAUAUAUGUCUGAUUAUAAGCAGCCUAUAUAAUGUCACUUGUAUGUGUGUAUUCAGGGCUCUAUUUCUAUUAAAUAAUCAGUUGAUGUGCUCUUCUCUGGAGAAGCCUGUUUCUCAGCAUGCCUUGGUUUCCUAUAGUUCCUUGUGUAGGUUGAAGCCUCAUAGGUGUGUCUGUUGGUAUCUUCCUUGCUCAGCUGAUGUCUAGGCAGUCACGAUGAUGAGACUUUAUGGGUGUACCUCCUGGCAUUACUAGGAGACACAAUCUCACAGCAAACUUUCGGAUCCUCUGGCUCUUUCUUACAAUGCUUCGCGCUCCCCGAACCUCAAGUGCAGGGGUAUUUUGUAUAUGUAUCCAUUGAUCCAUUGGGCCUAGGUAGAGUUUGAUUUUGCAAUUAUGUUUAUUUAAUUUCAUUUUGGUCUUAUGUGAUGUGUUUUUUUUUUUUUAAAGACAGCUUCUCACACUAGUCCAGGCUAGCCUAGAAUUAACUGUGCAGAAAAGGCUAGACCUAAAUUUAUAAAAGUCUUCUUGCCUUUACCUCUCAAGGGCCAGGAUUACAGGUAUAUGCCAACAUAUCUGGCUUGCUUGUAUAAUUUAAUUCUGUAUACAAUAAUAGUCUCAUGGAUAGUACAAUUUUUAAAGUUUAUAAUUGUAAAAAAAAAAUAACCAGUAUCCAGAUACCUUGACCCAUAUACACUUGGAAGGAAAUAUCCAUAAGUGUGUAUGCUUAUGUAGAAGCAUUUAACAUGGUUAUAAUUUUAUUUCUGUGCGUCUGUUGGCUAAUCCAUGUGCACUGACUGCGCUAUAAGAGAAAUCACUCUUUGCUUACUCUGCUUUUCUCCCUUUGUAUUCAUAGUGCACAAUUGCCCUCCCCUCCAAUAGAAAAUCUCAAUAAAAAUGUUGGAAAAAAUCACUAUGGUAAUAGUUAUUUUCCUUAACUGACUGUCAAUACUUAGCAAUUUGUAUAUGGAUUAAAACUCAGUUGCUGCCUAUGUCUGCUGGGUGCUUAGCAUUCUAGAAGCCAACUGUCUUUUUGUUCUCCUGUCCUGGUUCUUUGUGUACAAAGCUCUGUGGAAGUUAAUGCGAUCAAGUUCGCAGGCGGUCCUCUCGUACAGUAACAUUCUGGAGCCAUGGUACCAGAUGAGAUGGGGAACACUGCCCUUACACCUCCUAGAAAAGAAACUGAAAUGUAAGGAGGUCACCUGACUAAGCUAAGAGCUGCUAAGAAAAGGCUGGAGGCAUUUUGAGAACGCUGAUUUUCAACUGGUCUGACUUUCAGUGCUGGUGCCAGCUGGUCAGACUCCAGACUUCCUGUGAUCUAGCUGAAGAAGUAAUUCAGUGUUUUAUGUCCUAAUAUCUUCUUGACAUUUCAGCAAAACUAAAACUAACUGUUUCAUUCAUGGGUAAAAAUAAAAACAUAAAAGAUUAUCUUUCAGGGGAAAACUAAUUUUGUUUGUAUUGACUGCUCUGUUUCAACUUCUGACAAUGAAAAUGCAUUUUAUAUAAAAAUACUUUAUACAUGUAAAAAGUAUAAAUUCACACACAAGACAAGAUUAUGUUGGAGUUGUCUGGUACUAAAAAAAAUUAUAAAUCUGGGUUUUGUUUUGUUUUUUUAAUCCUUCUGUGUGCUAAAACCCAUUUUUUUUCAAAGCUGUGUUUAACCUCUGUCAUUUGUUUUCUUUCCAUCAGUACCAAUAGAUCCUGGGUUUUUACCCCUCAAGACUUAAUAAACUACUGCCACUGUUCUCAGGGCAAUACACCUUCUUUAAGAAUCUCCAGCCAUUUUUUUAUUUUGCUUAUGUACAAACACUUGGACAUUAAAUGUUAUAAAUCAAGACAUUUGUCUUCACAAAGCUUACUUGACUGCAAGUCCACAACAGAUAUCAAAGUUGUUGCUACAGACAAUAGAAUGGAAGAUAAUGCAUAUCUAGAUGUAAGGACCUAAAGCUUUAUGGGCUUUUGUUCCUUCCAUUCAUGAAGGAGCCAGGGCAAUCAAUAGAGAAAGGUUUGUAGUUGGUGAGAUGGUUCAGCAGGUAAAGGUACUCGCUGCCAAGUCUAAUGACCCGAGUUCAAUCCCACCCGUAUAUACGGUAGAAGAAAAUAACUGACUCCUAAAAGCUGUCCUCUGAUUUCCAUGUGUUUGUACCUACAUACAUACCCCCCCCACACACACAAAAGUAAGGAGUUUUGCAGAAAAUAAGUAUGUUUAAGGUAAGUGAAUGAGCAGGAAGAAAAUAGAAACAAUUAUAUAAUGAAAGAACAAAAGAACUGAAAGAAGGGUUGGAGACAGUUGAGAAGAUAGGAGCCUGUACUGGGUAGUUGCCAGCAUGUACAUCUGGUGGCUCAUGGCCACCUGUGACUCCAGCUUCUGGAGAUCUGAUGCCCUCUUGUGGCUUCUCUGGGCACCCUCACUUAUGUGCACCCCUACCCUGUACACACACACACACACACACACACACACACACACACACAAAAAAAAAAAAACCAACAUUUAAAAAUCCUUCAAAUAUGGGCUAGAGAGAUGGCUCAGCAGCUAAGAGCACUGACAGUUCUUCCAGAGGUCCUAAGUUCAAUUUCCAGCAACCACAUGGUGGCUCACAACCAUCUGAUGGGAUCUGAUGCCCUCUUCUGGAGUGUCUCACAAAACAGCGACAGUGUACUCACAUAUAUAAAAUAAAUCAAUAAAAAUAAAGAAUGUGGAGAAAGCAAAAACAUAAAAACCAUGUUGAAGAAUUAUUGCAUUUCCCCUCUGAUUCUCUGUUAAGAUUUUAUUCAGCUUUCCUGUACCUACCUACUUUACAAUAACUAUGAUCACAUUGUUACUGCCUCUCGCUGAUCUAUCUCCUUUUCUUUCCAGGGGCAGUUCCAGAAGUCUUCACAUUUUCAAACGGAAGGACUGAAGCAGAUGUUUCUGCUCCAGGAAUGCAGGGAUAGAAACCACAGAGAUUAUGGAAAUAAUGUGCGUCCUUGUGGCCAGUAGACAGUCCCCCUUAGGUCUGACUUACAGAAGGUGGGCCUGGCUGUUCGCACCUUUAUGGAGAAAGCCCUUUCAUUUUAGCUACCAGGAACCAGUGAUUGGGUGAGUAAAUAUGUGUGUUGUGUCCUUCUAUCUAGAGGAAGAACAAGCUAAGAAGAGACACCUUAUCUAGCACAGAAUAAAGUACUAAACUCCACCUCUAAUGUUAAAAUUGUGGGAACUGGUAAGAUGUUUUAGCAAAAACACUUCCUGACAAGCCUGAGGCCCUGAGUUUGAACCUUGAGACCCACAUAAUGGAAAGACAGAACCAAUCCCUACGGGUUGUCUUCUAACUUCUAUAUAUACCUUGGCAUGUGCAUUAAUAAAUAAAUGUAGUUAUAAGAAAA